GGCGCGUGGGUAGGAAGCGGCCGCGGCGGCUGUUGAGGGAGGAAAAUGGCGGCCGCCGCCGCUGCCGCCACCGCGCAGCUUACCGACGAGGAGCUUUUCUCCGAGCUGAGGCGACUCGGCUUCUCGCCGGGGCCCGUCACCGAGAGCACACGGCCGGUCUACCUGAAGAAGCUCAAGAAGCUCCGCGAGGAAGAGCGAGCUGGCGGGGCCCGAGCCGCCGUCGCCGCUGCCAGCAAGACCCGGAACAGUAACAACAAUAACCCCGGGGCAGGAGGCGGCGGUGGCGGCGGUUUGGCGUCUCGGCUGGCCAGCGCCGACUUCUCCUCCUCCUCCCUGUCUGGGGCGGCCGGCGGCGGCGGGGGCGGCGGCCGGGCCCGCGGAGCUGCCCUCGGCGGCGGCAAAGUGCUGCUGGGUUUCAGCUCUGACGAGUCGGAUGCGGAGGCCAGUCCCCGGGGCCCGGCUGGCGCCGCGGGCAGCCGGCGGGAGCGGGGCUCAGCCUCCCGGCGGGACGCGAAACCUGCGUCGGUAGCCGUGGCCACUGGCUGCCUCCCCAGCAGCGCGGCGGCUGAGGCGGCGCCUCCUCUUCGGAGGAAGCCCCAUGCCUGGUGGGGGGCGACGGCCAGGCGGGCGGCUGGAGCUUCGGGGCAGAUUCCGGGCGUCGGCGGAGGGGACGACGACGGGGAGGACGACGACGAGGAAGCAGCAGCAGCAGCCGCCGCCGAGGACGAGCCCCAGGAGGAGCCGCAGCAGGAGCGCUGCAAGAACCGCGCCGUGAACGGGAGCCGAUUCCUCUCCUACGGCGGCGCCAGCAGGAGGGACAAGUAUUCGGACUCGGAGGAGGAAGAGGCGGCGGCUGCGGUUGCGACGGGGGCCAAGCAGCAGUUGCUGAGAGAGGAGUCGCUUGCCCGCCACUACCUGGCCCGAAGGAGCCUUAACAGACCUGCCGCGCCAUUCUCGGGCCAGGCAGGUGCAGCAGGGGGCUUGAUGGAGACUGGCCAGGGUGCUGCUGCUGCUGCUGGUGGUGGUGGUGGUAGCGGCCGUGCAUUGAAUGUUAGGGUGGCUGCUGCUGGCAGGAGCAGUGACAGGGGGAGAAGUCGAAAGGAAGACGAGGAGGAAGAAGAGGAGGUCGACCUGGCGAAAAGGGGCGGGUAUCUGGACUCCAGUCCUCCGCUCCUGCCCAGGUACCGCGGUGGCGGCUCUGCUAGGAAAGCCCACCAGCAGCUGUUUCUCCCGCCGCUACUCAGCGGCUUGGACAGUAGUAGCAAAAUGACUGAUUCCUUGGGCGGCGACAGGAAACCAGCCAACAAUCAUAUCCUCACUGGUGGCUACAAUAUGGAACCUAGGAUAUAUACCGCUAACACCAGCCUCUCUCCAGGUGCUACCACUUCCUCCUCCACUAGAAUCAAUCACUCCAACCACACAGGUUCAAAUCAUACUUAUCCCAAAAACACCUACAAGCAGAAGGUUUCUGAGCCCGAGGAGGAUCUUCUUCAGCAGUUCAAGAGAGAAGAAAUAUCCACCACAGGAGGCUUCAGUGCCCAUUACCUGUCUAUGUUCCUCUUAACUGCUGCAUGCUUGUUCUUUCUGAUAUUGGGGCUCACGUAUCUAAGAAUGAGAGGUUCGGGAAUAACUGAGGAUGUGGGAAUUGACAAUAAAAAUCUGCUCACUGGGAUGGUUAAUAGAAACGUAGAUGAAACAGUUCUUAUGAACAGCUUAUAUAAACUACAUGAUAAGCUGGCACAAAUAGCAGGAGAUCAUGAAUGUGGCAACUCUAUCAAGAAAGGUCUUUCUCUCCAGGAAGCAGAUACAUAUUUAAAAAGUUUAGGUCCAGAAUACGAAGGUGUAUCUAAUGAAUCCCUGCAAUGGAUUCUAAAUAGUGGAGAAGACGUUGGCAUAAAGUUUGUUGACAACAGCUCUGAUGAGGAUUCCAUAACCAAUACAACUAAUGUAAAAUACCUGGUAUCAACUAGGCCACAGAUGUCUUUUACAUGUCGUUUUCGCCGUGCAUUUAUUACUGUAACAUGUAAAUCGUUAAUUCUGCUUUUGGGUAUAGGAAUGGCUUGGGGAGUCUUAAGGUAUAUGAAAUACCGAUGGUCUAAGGAAGAGGAAGAGACCAGACAGAUGUAUGAUAUGGUUGUAAAAAUUAUAGAUGUUUUAAGAAGCCACAAUGAAGCAUGCCAGGAAAACAAAGACUUGCAGCCAUAUAUGCCUAUUCCACAUGUACGAGAUUCCUUGAUUCCACCUCAAAACAGGAAAAAAAUGAAAAAAGUAUGGAACAGAUCUGUUGAUUUCCUUGCUGCUAAUGAAUCUAGAGUUCGCACAGAAACACGAAGAAUAGGUGGUGCUGACUUCCUGGUUUGGAGAUGGAUACAGCCAUCUGCAUCAUGUGAUAAAAUAUUAGUUAUACCAUCUAAAGUAUGGCAAGGGCAAGCAUUCCAUUUAGAUAGAAGAAAUUCACCACCAAAUAGUUUGACACCAUGCCUAAAAAUUCGCAAUAUGUUUGAUCCUGUCAUGGAAAUAGGUGACCAUUGGCAUUUGGCAAUUCAAGAAGCGAUCUUGGAAAAAUGCAGUGAUAAUGAGGGAAUUGUCCAUAUAGCAGUGGACAAAAAUUCACGUGAGGGUUGUGUAUAUGUCAAGUGUUUAUCUCCAGAAUAUGCUGGAAAGGCUUUUAAAGCAUUACAUGGAUCUUGGUUUGAUGGGAAACUGGUAACUGUAAAAUAUUUACGGCUAGAUCGAUAUCAUCAUCGUUUUCCCCAAGCUAUUACUUGCAAUGCUCCAUUGAAGCCAUCAAAUACAUGCAUGAACUCAAUGUCACAUCUUCGUCUCCGAACAGGCACAACUAACUCUCAGGGAAACUCCUGAGACAUCUUACUGCUACCAGAACUGUUGACUUGCAGCAGGAAAAAUUCCUGUCUGGUCCCGUCUUCCACUUUUAGUACUUUUGUAUGUAACAUUUUCAUUAAUCAAUGUUCCAGAGGUCUCAUUUUUCAGGAUUUCUGAGCAGUGAGGCAGUAAUACUGAACAAUUGCUCUAUAAAGUGUUUUGGAGCUGAAACAAACAAACACAUUAAGUUUUGCAUGACAGAUGUUGAAUUUAUUAAACAUUCUCAGAUGUGGCUGUAUUUUUGCACCAACAAGUGUUUGAUAACAGUCUAAAAGCAUGGAGAUGUACUGUAUUUCCAUAGUUCCUGUGAAAUAAUCUUGUGGGUAUUUUGUAACACAACCACCUACAGUUUCUGAUGGCAAGUAAGUAGAAGUGUUAGUUUCUGUCUGGUUUUUGGCUUCUGUUGCUGUAAAAGCUUCAUCUGUGUCAACCUAAGAAUGAGAAAGGAAUUGUGUCUUGGUAAUAGCUGAGAGAAAACAAACUGAAUACAGGUUUACUGGUUUUGUAUAUAAAUGUAGAUGCUGGUGGCGGAGGCAGCAAAAGUAAUCUUGUUUUGUGAGGAUGUCUGCAUUAAAGCAGUGAAUAAGCUUCCUAUUUUAUUCAUAACCUAAUGUUUUAUAUGUUUUGGCUGUACCAUUACAUAAAGGCCAAACACCUUGAAGUAUUAGAUACAAGUUAAAUAUCUUUUAUAGGUUUUAUAUUAAAAUAUAUGGUUAUGAUUUUUGUGUGAAUGGUCUGAUAUUGUAACUGUGAUAAUGGAUUCAAAAUUAUGUGAGCAAUAAAGACGCAAUUGGCAGGUACUCAAACACUUUGUGAAAAGCUGUUAUUUAUUACA